UCUGAAUAUCUGACGAGUGACGACUGACGAGUGUUAUCAUUCUGCCAUUCUGGCAAUUGGCAUUUGUGCCGUAUAAAUGUUUAAUAUAUUAUAUUAACAAUCAACAAUUAACUGAAUUAACUUGACAAAAUAAUAUAUUAAUUAAUGAUUUGUAAAUUUAUUAUUUUGUCAUGGAUAUCAAUUAUUACUACUUAACACUUAUAUUAGUUAUUAGUUAAAUAAUAUAGUAUAUUUCUUUAUUUGUAUUUGUUUUUAUAAUUGUAAACACAAAUGUCAUUUAAAAUCCUAUAGGUAAUGUCUGAUUAAGUAAAUAUUUGAAGUCCUACCUAUCUAUUGAUUAAUGAAUAUUAUUUAAAUAAUUAAUUAGAAUAUAAACGCCCAACAUUAGUGUAAUUGAAUGGAAGCCAAAAUUUACAUUAACGAUUCUGGUAAUGCAGAGUUAUUAUCUAAUAAAAAAGAAGAAUCAUCGAGAAAACUUCUAUGGGUUGAUAUCGGUCAUUUUUCUGAACUAUGGCAAUUUUUAAUUUGUUCGUUUGUAGUGUUCAUUUUUUUUAUUCCGUAUGGAUACCUACAAGAAGCAAUAUUUGCAAUCAAAGGUUUUAAGCCAUUUGGAUGGUACUUGACUUUGGUGCAGUUUCUUAAUUAUUCAAUAUUUGGGUUAAUAGAGAGUCAAUUCAAUCGUACACAGCGAAGGAUACCACUGGUCUUGUAUCUUUUAUUGGGACUGAUAUUAUUAGGUUCAAUGGGGUUUUCAAAUGCCUCACUUGGUUACUUAAAUUACCCGACACAAGUUAUAUUUAAGUGUUGCAAACUGAUACCAGUUAUGAUUGGUGGAAUAUUAGUACAGCAAAAAGUAUAUAAAGUUAUUGAUAUGGUAGCAGCAUCAUGUAUGUGUGCAGGAUUGAUAUUAUUUACUUUAGCUGACAAUAAAGUUUCACCAGAUUUCAAUCUUAUAGGUAUCAUUUUGAUAAGUUCUGCAUUAUUUUGUGAUGCACUUAUAGGUAAUUUUCAAGAAAAAAUGAUGAAAAAACAUAAUGCAUCCAAUGCAGAAAUUGUUUUAUAUUCCUAUUUAAUAGGAUUUGUUUAUUUGUUCUUUAUAUUGUUGGUGAGUGGACAACUAAGAGAUGGGACAGAAUUCUGCAUUGAGAAUCCAGUGACUUAUAUAUACAUAUUUUUCUUUUCACUCUCUGGAUUUUUUGGAGUUCAAGCUGUUCUUGCUUUAAUUAGAACUUGUGGGGCUUUAGUUGCUGUAACUGUGACUACGUGCCGGAAAGCUGUAACAAUAGUGAUAUCAUUUUUACUGUUUUCAAAGCCAUUCACUUUUCAAUAUGUUUGGGCUGGAUUACUUAUUGUGUUAGGAAUUUAUUUAAAUGUUUUAGGAAAAACAAGUCAUUUUGACUUAAAAAUGUUUUUUAUAAACUCGAGUAAAAUAUUUGGAAAUAUAAGAAAACGAAGAAAAUCGCCAAUGAUAGUUUGAUUUCCAGAUCAAUUAAUUAUCUAAAUCAAUUAGAAUAAUACCAAGUAUUGUUGAUAUUACAAUUUUUAUAUUAUAUAAAUGUACAAGUAUCGAUUUGGUAACAUUUUAAGUAUAAAAACGUUUUUAUUUAUUAUCAGAUCUAUUUAAUUGAUUCUACUUAAUAAAAUUAAUAAUUAUUCAAA